AUGGACAGCAGCAACCCUUGCGGCGGUGGUGGGGAAGCUAGGAUGCCAGGUCUAUACCAUCUUACAAGGUUGAACGACCGAUGGUUCCGGCUAGACGAGGCCCUUGACGUGGCAUACCAGCUGGGUUUGCCAGUGGACGGCCGUUACGUGAGCGGGUGCCUUCAGGUUCAGAAGUACGCCGUGAACUGCAGCUGGUUUCAGGAGACUUUUGGCGAGUGCCCUGAGGAUGCAGAUGAGGAGACUGUGCGCCGAUAUGCCCGUGCGUACAUCAUGAUGUUGUUGGGCACGCAGCUGUUUGCGGACAAGUCCGGGAACCGGAUUCACAUCAGAUGGCUUCCGUACGUAACGAGGCUGGAGGAGCUGGGUACCUACAGCUGGGGUUCUGCAGCACUGGCUUGGUUGUACCGGUGCAUGUGCCGAGUGGCGAACAGACAUGUCGUCAAGUUAGCGGGCCCGCUUCAGCUACUUCAGUCUUGGAUCUUUUGGCGCUUUCCUCGGUUUAGGCCUGCAGGAUAUGAGACGUUCAGCUGGCCGUUGGCCUCGAGAUGGUCAGGUUACAACCCUUCCGGGAGUGAGAAGGGUCCUAGAGUGGCGAUGUGGAGGCUCAGGAUAGACCGGUUACAGGACAGGGAGUUUAUAUGGAUGCCGUACAGUAGCCCCGACGUACUUUAG